UGUUGAACAGACUUUGGGUCCUUUCGAAAACACGGGAACAACCUCGUGUACAACUUCAUGUACCUCUCCUAACAUUUUGGCUUUAUUUACUGUUAAAAAACGAAAUUCGUUAUGGACACUGAUAAUAAUCCAACAACGGAGGUAGCUGCUACUACUAUAGACAGUGAAGACACAACAGAAGCGUUCGUCAAGGUGAAAUCAAAGAAGACAUCGAAGCGAAAACGCGAGAUGGAUGGAGUCGAUAUGGAGGCUGAGGACUCCGUAGCAUGCAAGCGGCCUCAGUUUCCACCCAUUUCAGGCGACAAACUUAAGGGUGGUUCUGAUGAGAUGCGUAAGGUUGCUGUCCCGGCCCACAGGUAUACCCCUCUGAAGGAGAACUGGCUGAAGAUAUUCACACCCAUCGUCGAGAACCUACAGCUCCAAGUCAGAUUCAACCUCAAAACCAGAAAUGUGGAAAUUAAAACAUGUAAAGACACACAGGACAUUGGCUCUCUCACGAGAGCUGCAGACUUCGUACGAGCCUUCGUUCUAGGAUUCCAGGUUGAGGAUGCCCUUGCUCUCAUCAGAUUGGAUGAACUUUUCCUGGAAACCUUUGAUGUCACAGACGUAAAACCACUGAAAGGAGACCAUUUGUCCAGAGCUAUUGGCAGGAUAGCAGGGAAAGGAGGCAAAACAAAAUUCACCAUUGAAAAUGUGACCAAGACCAGGAUUGUUCUGGCAGACUCAAAAGUACACAUAUUAGGAUCUUUCCAGAAUAUUAAGAUGGCACGGACAGCGAUAUGCAACCUCAUCUUAGGAAGUCCCCCUUCUAAGGUGUACGGUAACAUCAGGGUCGUGGCCAGCAGGACAGCAGAGAGAUUCUAAAGUCACAUGUGGAUUUAUAUUCUCGUCUCCUGAUGAAAGUCAGGUAUUCCCCAAGAUUCUGAUCGAAGACCGGUUUUGCCUUUUUUUAAACCUAAGGUAAUAUGAAUGGGUGGACCUGGUCCUGGAUCAGCACUCCUGAGAUGUUUUUUGGAUGUGGGCCCUUGCCUGACAUCUUCCAGGACUUUUGUUGUUGAAGCUGGACAUAUUGAUCUGGGGAAUGCCUACCUGCCUUCGACAUCUGGACUGGCCUGUCUCUUCCCACAGGGGAUAUUUGCAUGUAAAUGAUUUGCCCCUGGAUUUCAGUUUGAUUUAAAUAAAAUCUGAACCUAAAAGUAUUUGGAGGCCAACAAUGAAUUGUUACACAUGAAGUGAAAAUUUGAGUUAAUGUAAAUAAAAAUGCAGAAACCCUAA